AUGCGGCUGCCUGAGCAACCUGGAGAGGGGAAGCCUGAGAAUGAGGAAAAGGGGGGCAGAGGAGCCCCUGGAGGGGGAGAGGAGCCGCCGAGGACCCAGGCCCCCGACUUCCCCACUUGGCAAAAGAUGCCUUUUCACCAUGUGACCGCUGGCCUGUUGUACAAGGGGAAUUACCUCAACCGAUCUCUCUCUGCUGGCAGUGACAGCGAGCAGCUGGCUAACAUCUCUGUGGAGGAGUUGGACGAGAUCCGAGAGGCCUUCCGGGUUCUGGACCGAGACGGGAAUGGCUUCAUCUCCAAGCAGGAGCUGGGCAUGGCCAUGCGCUCUUUGGGGUACAUGCCAAGUGAGGUGGAGCUGGCCAUCAUCAUGCAGCGCCUGGACAUGGACGGGGAUGGCCAGGUGGAUUUUGAUGAAUUCAUGACCAUUCUUGGCCCCAAACUGGUGUCUUCAGAAGGUCGCGAUGGUUUUCUUGGAAACACAAUAGACAGCAUAUUCUGGCAGUUCGACAUGCAGAGGAUAACUCUGGAAGAGUUGAAGCACAUCCUCUAUCAUGCCUUCCGGGACCACUUAACGAUGAAGGACAUUGAGAACAUCAUCAUCAACGAGGAGGAGAGCCUGAAUGAGACCUCGGGGAAUUGCCAGACAGAGUUUGAGGGUGUGCAUUCCCAGAAGCAGAACAGACAGACCUGUGUCCGGAAGAGCCUCAUCUGCGCCUUCGCCAUGGCCUUCAUCAUAAGCGUCAUGCUGAUCGCGGCCAACCAGAUCCUCCGGAGCGGCAUGGAGUAG